UCCGACAAAUUUGGAAAUAUGCAAGAGAGGAGACAGAGAGAGAGCCUCUCUAUCGGCUCCUUUCAUCGUGCCGAUUUCUCUGCGACGCCUCUCGAUCUCCUUCCUCUCCACCCUCCCAUGGCUACCUUCCUUCCCUUCCCCCUGAUGCUUCCCUCCUCAACAACCCUCAAGCUUCCCAGCCUCCAAGUACAUCUUCCCCCUCUUCCUCCCAUGGGAGGAGAUGAUCUCCAGGCCCUCCAAUUCCUCCCUCUCGGUCUCGACCUCCUCUGUUGCUGCAUUUUUGUCUAGCUUGUAUUCGUCAUCGCCGUUACUGCAGUCGCUCAUCGAUUUCUGCCCUUGGCGGAGAUGGGUGCUAGACCCACGCAGCGACGUAGUUCUCAUUUGGUACAAGUGCUUCCUUGUCUCCUGCCUCAUUGCUCUCUUCCUCGACCCUUUCUACUUCUUCCUCCCCACCGUCGACCCCGACGCCACCUGCCUCUCUAUCCACGUCAGGCUCCGGAUCACCGUCACCGUCCUCCGCUCCGUCACCGACCUGUUCUACGCACUGCACAUCCUCAACAAGUUUCGUACUGCGUUCGUUUCUCGGGAGACCCGGGUCUUUGGCAGCGGUGAUCUCGUCAUGGACCCGAAGAAGAUUGCCAGUCGCUACAUGAGGGCGGGGUUCGCCAUCGACCUGCUUGCCACGCUGCCGCUGCCUCAGAUCUUGAUCUGGUUGAUAAUUCCAGGACUUAAGAACUCAUCCGAUGUUCAUUCCAACAACAAGCUUGCUUUGAUUGUUCUAUUUCAAUAUGUGCCUAGAUUGUUCCUUAUCUUCCCGUUGAAUCAGCGGAUUGUUAAAUCUUCUGGAGUUGUUACAAAAACUGCUUGGGCAGGAGCAGCAUACAAUUUACUUCUCUAUAUGCUAGCCAGUCAUGUGCUUGGUGCUUCCUGGUAUCUCCUGUCAGUUGAGAGAUUAAGAACAUGCUGGAGACGUGAAUGCAGUAGGGAGAAUGGCAACCUCCACACACCACAGUGUGAUCCAUAUUUUUUAGAUUGCAGUAGUUUGGGCCAGUUAGAACGUCAAAUCUGGGUCAACGUUACCCAUGUGAUUGGAAAUUGUGCUGUUGAUAACAGUGGUAUUAACUUCAACUAUGGCAUGUUCGCUGAUGCAUUGACUAAUCAUGUUGUGUCUUCUUCAUUUAUUGAGAAAUACUUCUAUUGCCUUUGGUGGGGCUUGAGGAACUUAAGUUCUUAUGGUCAGAAUUUGUCAACAAGCACUUACAUGGGGGAGACAGUAUUUUGCAUCCUAAUAUGCAUAUUUGGCUUGGUUUUGUUUUCACAGUUGAUUGGAAAUAUGCAGACAUACUUGCAAUCUAUUACUGUGAGAAUUGAAGAAUGGCGUGUAAAGCAACGGGACACUGAAGAGUGGAUGAUACACCGUCAGCUGCCCCAGGAUUUGCAAGAACGUGUGAGGCGGUUUAUUCACUAUAAAUGGCUUACUACCAGGGGAGUUGAUGAAGAAGCCAUUUUGCAGUCAUUACCUUUGGACCUCCGUCGUGAAAUUCAGCGGCAUCUAUGUCUUGGCCUCGUUCGUCGUGUUCCCUUCUUUUCUCAGAUGGAUGACCAACUUCUGGAUGCCAUAUGUGAGCGCUUGGUGUCAUCAUUGAACAUAAAAAACACAUACAUUCUUCGCGAGGGGGACCCAGUCAAUGAGAUGCUUUUUAUAAUUAGAGGUAAACUUGAAAGCUCUACCACCAAUGGUGGCAGAAGUGGCUUUUUCAAUUCCAUUAUGCUUGGGCCUAGUGACUUUUGUGGUGAAGAGCUAUUGACAUGGGCGUUACUCCCAACCUCGAGUUUAAACUUGCCUUUAUCAACACGUACUGUCCGUGCAUUGGAUGAGGUUGAGGCCUUUGCAUUGCGAGCUGAUGAUUUGAAGUUUGUCGCCAAUCAGUUUAAACGUUUGCACAGCAAGAAGCUGCAACACACAUUUAGAUUUUACUCUCACCAAUGGAGGACAUGGGCUGCUUGCUUUAUACAAGCUGCAUGGCGGCGCCAUAAGAAGAGGAAGUUGGCAAGGGAUCUGGAAAUGCAUGAAAACUUGUUUUAUAUGUCUGAAGAUGCUAGCAGUUCAGAUGCACUGCUAAUUGAUGUAGCUGGUGGCGGCGGCUAUGAUGGUGGCUAUGGUGAAAUUGUUAUAGAUCCUUCAUUAGAAGGUUCUAACAACUUACCGCAUCUUGAUCUAGGUGCUACCAUAUUGGCUUCUAGGUUUGCUGCAAAUACAAGAAGAGGUGUCAACCAAAAGAUUAAGGGCACAGAUCACAUUGAAGAGAAAGUUCGGUUGCCAAAGAUUCUCAAACCUGAUGAACCUGAUUUCUCAUUAGACCUUCAAGAGGAGGAAUGAGGAAGGUAGUAUCUCUGACAAAGAAUGGCUUUCUGUUUAUGCAACUCUUGAGUAAAUUCAUAAGCUACCAACAAUUAUAUGAACAGGGAUCGGGAAUACAUCACCAUAGGGCAGAAAUCUUUCUUUUUUGUGACCGUAGCCCAAAUGCUUUGUGAAUAAGGUGAAAACAGAACAAAAGAGGAGACUGUCUUGAUUCAGUCACUCAAGCCCUAGUUUCUCUCGUGGAGAAGAGGUUGUGGUGGGUACAUGUUUCCUCCUUGGUGAGUUGAUGAACUGUGAAUACAUCCUCACUUAUUGUUUGUACUGAAAGGCUGUUAACUGGGAAGGUUGUGUUCCCAAAGAGCAGAUCCAUUUCUUUUGUUCAGAUUUUAACUGCCAUCUUUUUGUUCAGGUGUUGUAUAGCAUGCAGGAAUUUAACUUACUUGGAUUGACAUACUAAUUUGAAGUGCAAAUAGAUUGAGUUGUGAAUUUCA